AUGUUCAGUUUCCUGUGCACAAUCUACCAGGUUUCUCCUUCGUUCCUGGAUUUCAUAUUCCCCUUCGGACUGAAGGAAGAAGCGAAAGACUUCCAUUUCAGUGGCUUGAAAGGAGAAUACCGGUUAGCAUCUUACGACAAGACGUGUGCACUACCAAGUUUAGAUCGCUCAGGAAGAGAUCUUCGCUUCAGCUACAAUCUGAGAUCCGUGGAACCGACUUCACGUCGGUCAAAAGAACCCUGGUCCAUCCGCCAGUGUGCUGUAUACCAUACAUUCGACGUGGAAAAUGGGAAAAUGAUCUGGAUAAUUGUCAAGGGAAACAAAGAAAUACAAAAACGCGUGACUGAAGUGUCUGAGAGAUCAACACAUAGCGGUGACCCCCUCAGAUCUCGCAGUAAUGCGUUCACGAUAUCACUGGAAACGCAUAUGCUGUUGUGCAAUUGGUCCGGAGAGAACUGGCGAUGGUAUAUCAAUGAUUUCGAAGAUCAGUUGCAAGCUCUGACAAGAGGGGUAAAUGCCCUUGAGGUUGAGAGGAAGCCAUCCCCGCUAUCAUCGCCUACGCUACCAAAUAUCACAAGCCCACGAGCCAGCGCUGGCCCGUUCUCCAGCUUGUCAAGGGCUACCACAUUACGUCCGAUUCUGACAGGACCCUGGACCCGGUCAAACACACUACGAGAAAGCCCGCAAACAUAUACGCGCACGACAACAAGUACUAAUAAUCAGCCUUGCAGCUUCUGGACAUCUGGACAAAGCAAAGGCGCUCUCCCUGAGACGAAACGAUGGAAAUCGGCGGUGAAUGAUUUUCGCAAGUUGCUAACAUGGCCCACGCGAUCUAACACAGCUUCUAGCCGUUCAACCUCAGGAGACGAGAAGACAUUGCUAGCGUCUCCUGGAGCAAUGACCUCGCCAGAGCUUCCAUCUGCGUCUUCCGAUGGCGGAGUAGACAAGGACGACAAGUUCAAUUUCAAGAACCUCCAGGCAAUACAGCAUAUCGAGGAGAAAGUUCAAGAAGCCAUGCUUGUACUCAAGCUGAACACUGAGGUUCUUGAGCAACUGAGGCUGCACUACGGUGAAGUUGCAGAGCAUGCCGAGUUUCCUCAGGAAUUGAAAGACGAGUGCAAGGCUAGUCUUCAUCGAUUUAACAAGAGCAUAGUAGGCGUGGAAAAAGACAUGCAUAUGCUGCAGUCACGGACUGAGACACUGUUGCAUCUUCUGGCUAAUCGGAAGAACUUGAUGAGCGGUAUACUACAGCACCGAAGCUCCAAAGCCAGCGAGUUCUACGCUAAAGAGUCUCGAGAAUCCGCGGCUCGCAUGGAGAUAAUGACUGUGAAGAUGCAAGAUCUUGCCAUGAAGACGAAACAGGAGACCGUCUCCAUGAGGGUUAUCACCACCGUGACCCUCUUCUUUCUUCCAGCAACCUUCAUCGCCACGUUCAUGAGCACUGACAUUCUUAACUUCGAACAUGGUAAACAAGACCUGCAAAUGCAAGGCCUCCGGCUUUAUCUGAUGAUUGCUCUCCCUGCGACAGCUCUGACCUUUGUCGCAUGGUACUUCAUAUAUUACUUCGCUAGAAGGGAAGCUCGGUCGAACGAUCAGUCCGAAGCAGUUGGGGAGGCCUGA